AAAAAAAAAAAAAAGUAAUAGUAGAGUAAAAUACAAUGUUUUCUUUUCAAUGGCUUUUUUAAAUUAUAUUCAAUGCUGACAGAUUAUACAGGACAUCAGCCUUUCGAACUUGAGCAAACCUCAUAUUUAACUCAAAUUAAGCAAUUUCUAGCUAAUAGUUUAUCUCGUGAAGAACGUAUUGAAUUCAUAAAUUUUCUUCAAGGUCAUGGUACAUGUGAUUUUAUUGCUGAACUUCCAACUAAUAUAACAUCUUUAAUUUUACAAAAGUUUACACCAAAAGAACUAUGUGCCCUGAGAUUAGUCUCAAAAGCAUGGAAUAAAAAAAUAAUACAUGAUUCAGUUUGGAGACCAAUUUGUAAAGAAUAUAGCAUCAUUCCCGACGAUGACUCAUCUGUAUUUAAUUGGAACACUAAUAUUCCCAUUUAUUAUGAUUUAUUUCGACGUUCUCUUACUAUGGCUAAAACAUGGAAAACGCUUCAAUGCAAACGAACUGAAUUAAAAUAUCACAAGGGACCUGUUCUUAGUAUGUUAAUUACCCAUUUAACCCGCAUCUUUACAGGAGAUAUUGAUGGAAAAAUUCACGUUUGGAAUGCAGAAGAACAAGUUUAUGUCAAAUCUAUUCAAGCUCAUACAAGUCAUGUCUCUUGCCUAGCUUCUCAUGAACAAGCUUUAGCUUCAGGCUCUUCUGACAAGACGAUUUGCAUUCAUGAUAUUAAAGAUUUUCGACAUAUACUCACUUUGCGUGGCCAUGAAGGACCAGUUACUGCUCUUGCUUAUUCUACACAUAUAAAUGGACAUUUUGUGCCUCUUAUAAGUGGAUCAGUGGAUCGAACGAUUCGUAUUUGGGAUUCACAACGAGGCAUCUGUUUAAAGAUUUUACAUGGUCAAGAAAAUACAAUCAGCUCACUUACUUAUUGCCCAUCAUUUCCAUUACAAUUUUGUCAGUCUGACAUAGAAUAUAUUUCAGUAAAAGAAAAUAAAGCAGGUUAUAUUGUUUCUGGAUCGAGUGAUCACAAUAUUUAUUUAUGGGAUUUAAAGACAUCUUUAAUUAAUGAUGUACCUGAAGUCAUUAGCACAAUAAUGGAAACAAAUGGCCCUAUUACGGCUAUGGCAGUUUAUGAUGAAAAUACCACUGAAUGUUCUAAGAAUAAAACUAUCAACGAAUAUAUAUCUGCAAGACACCCUAUUAAUAUACCACCCUUUGUUGUCUACGCGAGUGUAUGGGAUACAACUAUUUCUGUUUUUUCUUUACCAGGUUUAGAAAGAACCUAUGUUGAAGCGCCUAAUAGACAUCAUGGAGCUAUUUGGUCAAUAUCAGUUGCUACUAUUCAUUCAAAGAUACUCACAACCUCAGGAGAUCGAACAGCGGUUAUGUGGGAUCUUAAAUCACCGAAGAAGAGCAUUACUUUGAGUGGAUUUGAUAGUGCUGUUGUAUCCUCUGCUGUUUCGCCACAAGAAGAAAUAAUCUGUUUUGGGACAGAAAUGGGAACGAUUAUUCUUCUUGAUUUACAAGAAUUUGUGUAAAUAUAAGAAAAAGCAGAUGUACAUACAUUAUAAUGAAAGAAAAAAAAAAAGGACUUGGAUGUUAUCUUUUUUUUUUCUUUUUCGGGAAAUAAAACUAUUUAAAUAUUUAAAAUUUUACAAUGAAUUUGCUUG